GACCUAGACAAGAGAAAGGUCUUACUCGCAGAAAUAAGUAAAGAAAGUAAAGCUAUAAAACUGAAAGUGGUAGUCUGUGAAGCCGAAGAUGAGUCGUUGAAUUCUUGUGAUCAAAGCCUUGGUGGCAAAAUUGAUAUUGUUAGAGUUGGACAAAGUAUUCUGGAACAGUUAAAGGAGAAGGUCAAGGACAAUGAUGUUGCAAAUAUGAAGCACAUUAGAGGCAAAUUGUGGAACAAUAGUUGUAAUGUAAAUGAUGAAGCCCCAAAAGAUAUUGAUCAUGAGAUCGAUAAUGUUGAUAAAAUGGUUAAAGAUAAUGUGGAUAUUAGACACAUGGAUUUUGAUGGAAGGAAAAAUUAG